AUGGUGAACACUUUGAAGAGGAAGCUGGAGGAAAAGGCCAGUGUGAGCCCUGUGAGCAAAACCAUGGAGUUGUCUCCCAGAACUCUUCUUAGCCCUUCUUCCAUCAAGGUGGAAGGGAUUGAAGGUUUUGAAAGCCCUUCCAUGUCCUCAGUUAAUCUACACUUUGACCAGACUAAGCUGGACAAUGACAACUGUUCCUCAGUCAACACAGCAAUCACAGAUACCACUACUAGAGAUGAAGGUAACGCAGAUAACGACAGUGCAAUGGGAGUAGCAACUGAAACCAAAUGCUCUUCUGCGCCCAGUGAAGGGUUGACCAAAGCGGCCAUGAUGGCAAUGUCCGAGUAUGAAGAUCGGUUGUCAUCCGGUCUGGUCAGCGCAGCCCCAAGCUUUUAUAGCAACGAGUAUGACAAUGAAGGUACAGUGGACUACAGUGAAACCUCCAGCCUUGCAGACCCUUGCUCCCCAAGCCCUGGUGCAAGUGGGUCAGCAGGCAAAUCUGGAGACAGCGGGGAUCGGCCCGGGCAGAAACGUUUUCACACUCAAAUGACCAACCUGCAGCUGAAGGUCCUCAAGUCAUGCUUUAAUGACUAUAGGACACCCACCAUGCUAGAGUGUGAAGUCCUGGGCAAUGACAUUGGACUGCCAAAGAGAGUUGUUCAGAUCUGGUUCCAGAAUGCCCAGGCAAAAGAAAAGAAGUCCAAAUUAAGCAUGGCCAAGCAUUUUGGUAUAAACCAAACAAGUUAUGAGGGACCCAAAACAGAGUGCACUUUGUGUGGCAUCAAGUACAUCACUCGGCUGUCUGUACAUGACCAUAUCUUUCCCCAACAGCAUAUCUCCAAAGUUAAAGACACCAUUGGAAGCCAGCUGGACAAGGAAAAAGAGUACUUUGACCCAGCCACUGUAUGUCAGUUGAUGGCUCAACAAGAGUUGGAACGGAUUAAAAAGGCCAAUGAGGUCCUCAGACUGGCAGCUCAGCGGCAAGGGAUGUUUGACAACGCCCCUCUUCAGGCUGUCAACCUUCCUACGGCAUAUCCGGUGCUCCAGGGCAUUCCUCCUGUGUUGCUCUCUGGCCUCAACAGCCCCUCCUUGCCGGGCUUUACUCCAUCCAACACAGGUGGGUUCUUCUCUCGGUGA